CGUUAAUGGUUGUAUAACGGUGCUAAAUUUUUUACCGAACGCGCGCUCAACUUUGUGUUAGUGUACUAUAUGCAUAUAAGACUGUUACUUAUAAUGCAUAUAUGAAAGCAUAAAGCCGGUGGAAUUACCGCAGUUCAAAGUUGAAGGAGAAAAUAAGUUUGUGGUGGAAUUUAAAGCUGAAUUCAAUAUUACUGCACUGCAUGUUAUUGUUAAGUUGUGUGAAGAAAGAAAGUAAAAUAUAAAUAAUUGUGAUGUUAUUUUUGUACAAAAUAUGAAAUGUUAAAAAAUACAAUUAUAAACUGCAAAGGAAUCGAAAAAUAUCUAAAGAUUUUGAGAGAUAUCAUCAAAAGUGAAAUAAAAUUGCUUUAAGCGUGAAAGUGAAAGAUAACUUCUAUAGCAAAUAUGUUGUCUAAAAAUUUUUUGAACAAAAGGCAACAAGACAAUGAAACAUAAUAACAAAUAAAAAACGCAGCCGAAUCUAUUUACAUAAGAAAUGUUUACCAUUUCGUAAAAAUUUUGCAAAAUCUGAAAUUGAAAUAUAUUUAUUAUUUUUUCUUCAAGAGUGUUUAAUAUUAGCAAAAUAUGUACAAUGAAAUUAUAAAAAUAAUGAAUAAAUGUAGAAAUUGUGUAUAUAAUAGCAAAAACCACUCACGGCAAAAUAUGCAACUAAUUGUUAUAGCGUGUUUUUCUAUUAAUUUCUAAUUAUUCGAAAAUUAAACCCUAAAGUAUAUAAGCCAAGCAAAGAUCAUAGCUGCUUUACCAUAACAUCUUUGUCAGCAACGAAGCAGCAGACAAGUGAGUUACCAUACAAUGGAUGCAAAUAAAUGCAUAUAAUUGUAACAAUUGCGGCAAUAAUAAAAUUAAUGCACAAAAUACCAUGAAAAUAUUUUGAAGUCGGCAAACGCGUAACGUAAAAAACUCUGAAAUGGUCCAAGUAAAACUACCUUCGACCUGUACAACGAAAUUGGCGAAUAUGAUUGCCUUUGUGCAGGGUAGAAUGCGAACGAUGCUUUCUAAAGUGGCGAGAACGAUAGCGAAAACAAGAACAACAAACACGACAAAUACUACCAACAUUGUACCGCAGCCAACGUGUAUAAUUAAAAUGAAGCGAAAACGUAAAAUACCAAAAUUUUUGUUGUUUAUUACCGCAAUUUGUAUUAACAGCUUCUGGCCAAGGUUUGGCGAUGACGGAGAUGCUGGUGGUAGUUUACUGCCGCUUGUCUGUGGCACGCAUAUGACCGUCACAGCUGGUGAUACCAUCGCACACACGUUCACCAUCGAAAUGCGUGGCCAAAAUCACUAUCACGAUGGAGGUGGAGCAGGCGGAGGAGACAGUAGUGGCAGUUUGGAAAAUAUGGAUUUGGAGAAUAUGGAUAUGCAUGCCUUUGAUCAUGAUGCUGGUAUGAGUGGUGUACCAGAAGAGUCAGAGGAGCGCGAUCAUAUCGCGCACCAUUUUGAGAUGAAACAUCACGAAGAGUUGCUCGAGGAUAUUAGAGAUGACGCAUCUACGAAUUUAUUGCCUGACAAAGAUUUACCAAAAUUUGGCGAGCCAUUACAAAAUGUGACAGUACCUGUGGGACGAGAGGCGGUACUGCAAUGUGUUGUCGAUAAUCUGCAAACCUACAAAAUUGCGUGGCUGCGCGUCGAUACACAAACAAUACUGACGAUACAAAAUCACGUUAUAACGAAAAAUAACCGAAUGAGCAUAACCCAUGCUGAGAAGCGUGCUUGGAUAUUGAGAAUACGUGACGUUAAGGAAGCGGACAAAGGCUGGUAUAUGUGUCAGAUCAAUACGGAUCCGAUGAAAAGUCAAGUUGGUUACCUGGAUGUUGUGGUUCCACCCGAUAUCCUUGAUUAUCCCACCAGCACGGAUAUGGUGAUACGAGAGGGCGCUAACGUAACACUGAAAUGUGCAGCAGUUGGCUCACCAACACCGACCAUAACAUGGCGACGUGAAGGUGGCGAGCCCAUACCGCUGCCCAACAAUACCGAAGUCAUCGCCUACAAUGGCUCUUAUCUGACGAUUACUAAAGUCCAACGCCUUAAUAUGGGUGCAUAUUUAUGCAUCGCCUCGAAUGGCAUUCCGCCAACGGUCAGCAAGCGCGUAAUGCUGAUUGUGCACUUUCCCCCAAUGAUUUGGAUACAAAAUCAGCUAGUCGGUGCUGCCACCGGCCAAAACAUAGCACUUGAGUGUCAGUCAGAGGCGUAUCCGAAGUCUAUAAAUUACUGGACGAAAAAUGAUACGAUCAUUGUGCCGGGUGAGCACUUUGCAUCCGAAACUUUUGAAAGUGGCUACAAAAUAACUAUGCGAUUGACCAUAAAAGAUGUUGACACAUCAGAUUUCGGUUCUUACCGUUGUGUGGCGAAGAAUUCUCUUGGUGAUACGGACGGCACAAUUAAACUCUAUCAUAUUCCGCAAACAACGACAGUUACAACAUUAGCACCUACGGUGGCUCUAAAUACCGUGCCAGUUGUGGUUACGAAAUACAACAACAAAGAUCAACGCUUCAGUAAAAAAAUUCAUCGCAUAAAAUCGAAUGUUGCAGAUAUUUCGUCGUCAUCAUCCUUGAACAAUGUUUAUAUUGGUGCCACAUCGAACUUAUGGAAUUCACAAGAUCACGGCACAGGGAGAGAGCAUAAUCAAUCUUUACCUUGUAAACCUGAAAUGACGUCUAAUGUAAUCUGCGGCACAAAGCCAGCUGACCAACUAGUUUCACCUUCAGUGGAUUCUUCAAGCGCCUUCUCUUCCAAUCAAAAUUCACAUCAUAAUGCAGUUUUGUGGACGUAUCUCCUUCAAGGAUUAUACAUGUUAUUUAGUGCCAGUAUCCCAAAUUGUGACCACUUCAGCUUACAUAACUCUGGAAUGUACAUAUAUUAGAAGACAAACUUGGGGUGCCUUUGAAGAUAUAAAGUAUAAGUAGUGGUAAUGAAACAAGCCAAAACCUGUGGUGCAUUUGUAAUACUACGUGGUGAAACAUUUCGUACCAAUCCGGUGAACAACAUACGAUUUGAAGAUACAACUGUCAUAAUGCGGUAAAUUCGUCCAAAUGCCGUCAAAUAUAACAUAAACAUAAAGGAGUUGAAAACCUGUAUCACUGUUUGAAACGGAAAAUUUUAAAAGGAGCCCAAAUAGAUAUCAUGGAGAUAUUAUUUA